AUGGCGUGUCCGAUCACCGUCACCAAGUUCGUAGGAACUGUCUCCCUCGGCCUCUUAACAGGUCUAUCAUACUCCGCGUCUGCCGUCACCGUACCCUCCCUCAGCCUCCUCUCUACUUCCGCCAACGCCUCCAAGUCUCUCAACGAAGUGAAGCGCCUAAACCGUAAGCACGGUCUUCGCCUCGCCAAUAUCUCCAACAUAUGCCUCCUCUUCGCAUACGGCAUCUCACCGCGAUACCGGAAACACCCAUACUUGGUCUGGAUGGUGGUCAUGUCGACCGUCGGCUCCUACGGCGUCGACUACUGGUUCCACCGCGAGAGCGGCAUCAAGGCCUGGCUCUGCAGCGUUGUACAAGAUACUGGAUACGCAUCUCUAUUCUCCGCGAAGUCGCAAAAGAAGGAAGAUGACAUUGUGGUCGUUGAGUCGGAGGAGAAUGUCAACGGCGAGAUUGUGCGGAAGGAAAUGGAAACUGAGCGCCGCUUGCAGUGCGUUAGGGCGCUCUUCUCCGGCCUGGCUCUUUCAAUGGGCAUUGUUGGUCUCUGGGGUGACCGCCGUUCUUAA